AUGACCGUCGUUUCGCAAGAACAGCACAGAUCAGCAAAAGAGAUUCAACUAGAAAAAGAUGUGGAAAGUUCUCCUGACAAGAAUGACGGCAGGGGACAUGUCAAGAUGUCUGAUCUUAACUUACCAGAAGCCUCAGAUGCAGCAGAAGGAGUCUCAUUGAGUGGAGGCGACCCAGGCCAAUCAACAAUACUCAUAGAGUGGCCGCCUGCAAUGCACGCUGAAGAGCAGAUCGACGACGAGGAACCUCCUGACGAGAGCUGGGUCACAGAGACCACGGAACAGCACUCUGGCCUUCAGAGUGAGAGUAGCAUCGACGUGAAGGGCCCUGAAGAAGGCGAAAAUGUGCUGGUCAGGUCGACGGUUUCUUACAGCCAAGCAGCCGCAUCGUCGAAAGAAGAGUACUUUGCUUUAAAAUACAGCAACGUAGAUGCUGCUGACUUUACCUCCGAACGUCAGCUGAUGACCCGUCCUCCAAAGCCUGCACGUGCUAAUCGCGUUGCUGACGACAGCUAUAACGAUCAAGAAACGCGAUUGACUGAGCCCAAACUUCCACUACCUGUUCGAGAUACUUCUUUGGCUUCCUCCUCGUCCUCCUCUUCGUCAUCGUCUUCUUCUUCUGAAUCUGAUGACGACGUAAAUGGAACGAAAAGCGAAAAGAAGAAGAAGACACGGCGAGAUUUCAUGUCCCGGGUCGUACGAGAUACUGUGUGUCUCUCGGACACAGAGUCGGAUGUACUGGCGGCGAUGUCAAAGAAAACGACUGAUGCUCCAGAAUGUGAUUCGUUCCCACAUAAAACAAUUACUGAUGACACUUACAACGAGGGAGAAAGGAAACUGAAAACAUCUCACGACGGCUUUAGUCUAGACAGUUUUGCCAGCCAGACCAAGACGAAGCUAGAGUGGGAAAGGUCACAGCUUUCGUCUAAUGGGAGCGACGUCCGAGUUCUCGGCAGUUCUUCUAGCAAUAGGCAAGAGAGUGGAGUGAAACUGAGCACAGAUUUUGUAGGUAGCAGCCAGAUUUCAUCUGGACAGCAGCACCAAAAAUGUCCUGACGUGAGGAGCAUGCCCGGUUCUAGAGAAGAAAAACACAAAUCUGGCAAGAUGGUACAUUCUAAAGACUCCACCAUAGUGAUCCAUUCAAGUGAUGACUUCCGCCACACACCUGUGUCACGGAUUAAGGCAUGUCCUGGGACACAGAGAAAUAGAGACAAAACAAUGUCUUCUUCCUCUUCAAGCGAUGCCGGUGGGAAGUCUCCUGAAGUGCCACCCCGCUGGGACAAGCCGAAGUCAAUUGCAAGCUCCAAACCGCCCAUUGAGACACCCAAACUCAACCCUCCUCACAAGACUAGUUCCUCAAGCGCUGGCGAGGAGGUGAAACCUAAAUCCAGCCCUCGUCUUGGAAGGGUCAGCGUGUUUCCCAAGUUUGCACUUAAAAAGAAACAAGAGAAGGAAGAAAAGACACCUGCUUCUGGUCCCAAAGUGCGAGAUCUAGAAAAGGAACUGGCCAGGCAUUUUAUUUCAGAUGUAGAAAGUGACAUUUACUACACAGACUCGCUCAAACCGUUUAAAAAAAAGAAAAAAGGAGACAUCAAAAAGUCAGCAUCUGGCAGCUCAGAAGACAGCAGUAAGAAGAAAAAGGCAGUAAAGGACAAAUCACGUGACAGGAAAACUAAAACUGACAGUUCUUCCAGUGAAGGAAAGGGAAAGCAUGCAAUAGACCAGGCACCACCAGUUCCGCCCAGGCAAAAGAUCUGUCCACGCGACCAAGAAGAUAAAACGGAUAGUGUGCCUUCUUCGCCUUCAGAUGUACGCCUGGUUCGAUCGUCUCCUUCCGGAGCUGAUCCAAAUAUACCGGAAGCACAGAAUGCGGAUGCUCAGUUUCAAAAUCUCUCGGCCUCUCCUGAAAUACCUCUGCCCAUUAAGCCGGAAGUUCCGGUUAGAAGGGGUAGGCGACCUAAGCGUCCAGCUACCAUCCAUGGAACUUCCAGUUUGACCAUUGAUGGUAAGCCCUUCUUGAAGGCCAAAGGGUCGCUACAACGAAGCUUGUCUCUUAGCUCCACUAUAUCUGCCACCUCCAAUGAUGGCGACAAGGACAAAAGCAGCACCAAGUCUCGCUUGCGUAAGUACUGGCCAUUUCGUCGCAAGAAAGAACACAACGAGGAAAAACAGAAGAGCAAGAUAAACAAAGAAAAGGAAGUGGAAGAGUUGCUACCCCUUUGCGUCAAAGUACAGCCUCGUUGUACUCGGCGUCUCCCCGCUUCGACGGCGAAUUUCAGCAGCUAG